AGAAGUCUCCCGGGGAUUUUGUAUAUUUUUUUUUUGCUAACUUCCCUCCGGUCUCCCUCUUCAUCUCUCCUCUUCUUUUCCUCUCUGUUCGUGCACCCAAGUCCUUGUGUCUCCCUUACGCGCCCCGUGCCUCGCGUACCCUCUCGCUCCAGUCCCGCGACUACUUGGCAGCCGCUGCGCAUGGAGAGCUCUGCCAAGAUGGAGAGCGGCGGCGCGGGCCAGCAGCCCCAGACGCAGCCCCAGCAGCCCUUCCUGCCGCCCGCAGCCUGCUUCUUUGCCACCGCCGCGGCCGCAGCGGCGGCGGCGGCAGCAGCGGCGGCGCAGAGCGCGCAGCAGCAGCAGCAGCAGCAGCAGCAGCAGCAGGCGCCGCAGCUGAGUCCGGCGGCGGACGGCCAGCCCUCAGGGGGCGGUCACAAGUCAGCGCCCAAGCAAGUCAAGCGACAGCGCUCGUCCUCGCCCGAACUGAUGCGCUGCAAACGCCGACUCAACUUCAGCGGCUUCGGCUACAGCCUGCCGCAGCAGCAGCCGGCCGCGGUGGCACGCCGCAACGAGCGCGAGCGCAACCGCGUCAAGCUGGUCAACCUGGGCUUUGCUACCCUUCGGGAGCACGUCCCCAAUGGCGCGGCCAACAAGAAGAUGAGCAAGGUGGAGACACUGCGCUCGGCGGUCGAGUACAUCCGCGCACUGCAGCAGCUGCUGGACGAGCACGACGCUGUGAGCGCUGCCUUCCAGGCCGGCGUCCUGUCUCCCACCAUCUCCCCCAACUACUCCAACGACAUGAACUCCAUGGCCGGCUCGCCGGUCUCAUCCUACUCGUCAGACGAGGGUUCUUACGACCCGCUCAGCCCCGAGGAGCAAGAGCUGCUCGACUUCACCAACUGGUUCUAA